UUCACAGAGUUAUGUCCCUUGCAUGUAAGCUCUUUAGUGAUAGAGUCAGUUGUAUAAUUUUGUUUUUCAAAGAUGCUAAUUCACCCUGGAUAAAUUAAAAUGUAAGCCUUUAAAAUAUCUUUUUGUAGUAUAUACUGCCAUAAUUAAGCCAUUUAAUAUGUUUUCUGUAUAUCUUAUUCAAUAUAAGUCUUGUUUGAAAUAGAGAAAAUACUUUGUUAGUCUGGGUUCAGCUGUCAAAUUUUAGAAGUAUGGUGACUUGUUUGGGGCAUAUUUUUCGGUGAAUGUCUACACUUUAGUAAAUAAUAGUGAAUGGUUGUAUUUCUUCUUUAAUUAUUCGAUUAUAUUUCGUUCUGUUUUAAACUGAGAUUUAUGAUUGCAAUUUCUGUAUUUACAGUCUUUUACUGUCGGCUGGUUUUUGGAAUGACAUGACACCUACCUGUAUAUUAGUUGUAUUAAAGCCUACUGUACACGAGACUAACUGUUAUCGUCUUCAUUGGGGUUACAGUAUAGUAAAAGAAUUAUGAUGUCCAGUGAUGAAGAGCAAGAUCCUUUUGAUGUUGAUCCCGAGUUUCAGUUCACAGGUGAUAGAAAAAGACUUAGGAAACUAACUCCCAAGGCUCAGGAGGAGUUUACACAGUCUGUUCUUCACAAACUUAGCACGCUCGGAAAGUGUUGGGCUGAAAUACUACAAUUAACGAAUUCUGUUUCGAAAAGUGAGAAAACCGAAACAAAUGCACAUACGUCUAUCAGCAUUUUAGAGCAGCAGUUUACUGUAUACACUCAGCUAUCUAACUCGUUUAUUGAUUUUCUUGAAAGGACACGAACGGAAGAAAGCCUUGGACUUAAAAAUGAACACUUAGAUGAGUACCAGCAACAAAAGCAAUUAGUUGAGUUAACGUUAUACAAGCUCAAUACCAUGCUCGCUUCAGUUUCAGAAAUGUCACCCAAUUCUUCGUAUGGUGGUACUGGUAGUAUACAGAGUAAAGCAGCAAAUGCUCGCGCUAAGGCUGAAGCAGCUAAGGCUCGCUUAUCGUUUAUGGAAAAGGAAGCUAAACUAAAACAACAAAAGGCUGUCAUAGAAACUAAAUUAGAUGUCAUAGCUGCAGAGAAGGAUGCCGCCGUAGCGGUGGCUGAGGCGGAUGCUCUAGAUGCGUAUGGAUCAUCACGGCGAUCAAGAAACACGUUCUUUGCAUCGGAAAUAACAAAACUACUUCUGAAAAAGGAUUUAUUAUUCGCAAGUCUCACAACUUUCAAUGACUCCCCAGAAAACUAUCAGUCAUGGAAAUGCAGCUUUAAAGAUAAAAUGAAAGAACUCUCAGUGACCCCUUUAGAGGAAAUGGAUCUUCUUACAAAGUGGACUGGUGCAACAUCGAAACAGCAGGUCAUCGCUUUACGGUCAGCUUAUUUCAAUGCCCCUAGCAAAGGUGUUCGUGAAAUUUGGAAAAGACUUGAUGAACGAUUCGGCUCCCCUGAUGUGAUUGAGUCGUCAUUGAAGAAAAGGCUCACAAACUUUCCAAAACUUUCCUCUAAGGACACUCAGAAAUUGUAUGAGCUUGCUGAUAUUUUAACCGAAAUAGAAGCAGUUAAAAGUGAUACCAGGUAUAGUUCUGUGUUAGCUUACUUUGACUCAUCAACUGGUGUCAGUCCCGUAGUUAUUUAG